GAGUUAUAUCUACAUAUAUGACAUUCAUUCCUAGAAAAAAAUUAUUGAGAAAAUAAAUAAUUUUCCAUAUUAGUUUUUUUGUGUUAAGUAAAUGCAUAGAAUAAUUACACUUAAUUUUAAUGAUAAUUUUUCCCAUUUAAAUAAGAUUUAUUUCUUCUCCCCUAGGAAACCUCACCUUUUUAUUUUUUUAUUUGUUUUUCAUAUAACUAUUUUACAAAGGAGAAUACAUUGAUUCCAAUCAAAAUUCUUUAAUAUAAUCCAUUCUGAAUUGGCACAAGAAUCUUGUUUUUCGAUUGCAAUUUGGGAAUUUUAAGGGUCCAGUAAAGAGGAAAGAGCUCUCUAUCGAGAAAAAAGUUGAUCCACUAAAGAGGGAAGCGCUCGCUAUCGAGAAAAAGAAGAUGUUAAGAUUAUUGAGUGAAGUAGCAAUGGUUGGCAACACAAAGUCUCCUGAACAAGGUCUCAUUAGUACUGUUCUUCCUUUGCUUAAACUUCUUUCACUUGCAAUUUUUGGACUAAUUCUUGGUCACAAAAAGACUCAAAUUGUCCCAAAAGAAACAUUCAAACUUCUUAGCAAACUUGUCUUUGCACUUUUCUUGCCAUGUUUGAUCUUCAUUCACUUAGGACAAUCAAUCACACUCGAUAAUUUCGUGCAUUGGUGGUUUAUACCAGUUAAUGUGUUGUUGAGUACACUUGUUGGGUUCGUGUUAGGUGUGUUAGUAGUCAUCAUAUGUCGUCCACCUCAAGAGUUUACUCGAUUCACUAUCAUCAUGACCGCGUUUGGUAACACGGGGAACCUUCAUUUAGCUAUAGUUGGCUCUAUUUGUCAUAGUAUAGAUCAACCUUUUGGACCUGAUUGUAAAAGGAAUGGAGUUGCUUAUGUUUCUUUUGCUCAAUGGGUCGCGGUGAUUCUUGUUUAUACGCUUGUUUAUCAUAUGAUGGAGCCUCCGAUGGAGUACUAUGAGGUUGCCGAUGAAAGGGAGAAGGUGGAGGAGGAGCGCGGCCAGCAGGAGGAUAACGGAGUUAGCAGGCCGCUUUUAGUUGAGGCUGAGUGGCCUGCCAUUGAGGACAAAGAAACAGAAAACUCGAAAACAGCCCUAGUCGCGAGGAUCUUUAAUUCUGUCUCAAAUCUUUCGGUAGCCAAUGGACCUGAUGUCGAAAAUGAUAUACAUGAUACAGCUGAUGAUCCCGAGCCCAUUAGGUGUUUGGCUGCACCUAAAGUAAUCAAGAAAAUGAGAACAGUUGCUGAACAAACACCCGUGCAGCACAUACUUCAGCCCCCAACGAUUGCUUCUCUGUUUGCCAUACUCGUUGGGAUGGUCCCUCAUCUAAAGGCGUUCACCUUUGGAUAUGACGCUCCACUGUCUUUCAUCACGGAUAGUUUAGAGAUCUUAGCCGGUGCAAUGGUGCCAUCGGUAAUGCUUAUCCUCGGAGGAAUGCUAGCUGAGGGGCCUAAUGAAUCCAAACUUGGCCUCAGGACUAUGAUUGGGAUAUCGGUAGCAAGGCUUUUCGUGCUUCCUCUGUUGGGGAUUGGGGUGGUUACGCUGGCUAACAAGAUGAAUAUUCUUGUCGAGGGCGAUCAUAUGUAUACAUUCGUGCUUUUGUUGCAGUAUACAACACCCAGUGCAAUCUUGUUAGGAGCCAUUGCCAGCUUGAGAGGUUAUGCAGUAAGUGAAGCCUCAGCACUUAUUUUCUGGCAGCAUUUGUUGGCACUUAUUUCACUGUCAUUGUACAUUGUUGUUUACUUCAAGAUGUUUUCGUUCUCGUGAAUAACUAUGCUGCUCGGACCCUCCAAAAAUACUGUCGUACUUAUAACGGAUCCUCUUUUGAUGCUCACUAAUUUAAGUGUAUCAAAGGUAACUACCUUCUUUGGUU